AUGGUCGCCGGUGCCGCACUUACACUUGCUAGACUUGUUCGAUCCAAACCGAGGAUAUUCAGCUUGCCCACGACUUCCGCCGCUUCAUUUCUACCCCGCCUUCUUAGUCCACCAGCGAGAACAAUGUCCGCAACGGCUGCGCGGCCCGAUCCCUUUCGGCCUGCGAAGCGCGUCGCUGGCCAGCGCCAGGAUGUCUGGUGCGUUGCGGAAGCAUCCAUUGAGAGGUCUCGACAAGAAUGGUCGCUUAUCAGAAUGUACAGGUCCAUCGUGAACGAAGCUGCUGCUGCUUCGCCCGUGCAACCCAUUGUUAACAUGGGCCAAGGCUUCUUUGGCUACAAUCCGCCUCAAUUUGCCAUUGAUGCCGCCAAGGAAGCCAUGGAUCGUGUCGAGUGUAAUCAAUACUCUCCUACCAAGGGUCGCCCUCGCCUGAAGAAGGCCAUUGCUGAUGCCUAUUCGCACUCCUUCGGCCGUACUUUGAACCCCGAGACUGAGGUCACCAUCACGACCGGCGCAAACGAGGGUAUGCUCAGUGCAUUCAUGGGAUUCAUUGAGCCCGGCGACGAGGUGAUCAUUUUCGAGCCAUUCUUUGAUCAGUAUAUUAGCAACAUUGAAAUGCCAGGUGGUACCAUUCGAUAUGUACCACUUCAUCCUCCCAAGGAUGGCGCUACCAGAACCUCUCCUGCUUCGGAGUGGACCAUUGACUUUGACGAGCUCGAGAACACCAUCAAUUCCAAGACCAAGAUGAUUGUUCUGAACUCUCCCCACAACCCCGUUGGAAAGGUCUUUUCCAAGGAUGAAUUGCAGCGUAUCGGCGACCUUUGUGUCAAGCACAAUCUGAUCAUUCUUUCUGAUGAAGUAUAUGAUCGUUUGUAUUACGUGCCAUUCACCCGAAUCGCCACUCUUUCCCCCGAACUCUGGGAGCGCACCAUCACCGUGGGCUCAGCUGGUAAGGCGUUCUACGCCACAGGCUGGCGUGUGGGAUAUCUGAUGGGCCCUGAACAUUUGAUCAAAUACGUUUCCGCCGCGCACACCCGUAUCUGCUACAGCAGUGUCUCGCCUCUUCAAGAAGCCGCGGCUGUGGCUUUUGAGCAGGCCGACAAAGCUGGUUUUUGGGAGCAGAGUCGACAGGAAAUGCAGCAGAAAAUGAAGCUCUUCUGCGAGGUCUUUGACGAGCUUGGUAUUCCGUACUCUGAACCAGAGGGUGGAUAUUUCGUCCUGGUCAACAUGUCAUCCGUCAAGCUGCCUGCCGAAUACCCCUUCCCACCGCAUGUGGCCAACCGCCCUCGUGAUUUCAAGCUCUGCUGGUUCUUGAUCCACGAGGUUGGCGUCGCUGCGAUUCCGCCCACUGAGUUUUACACUGACGCUAAUGCCCAUAUUGCCGAGAAUUAUCUUCGUUUUGCAGUCUGCAAGAAUGACGAUGUCCUCGAGACUGCGAAGGAAAGACUGCGUGGGCUGAAGAAGUAUAUUGCAGAGUAA